AUGAGAUGCGCUUCAGGAACCGAGUGUCAGAACUUGGAGAGAAAUUGCACAACGCCUCCAUGCGAGACCUAUGGAGCAUGUGUGAACACUACUGUAGUGGACAACUUGGCCGGUGGAUGUGAUACAAUGAGAUGUGAAGCUGGAGAAACUUGUCAAGAAGCAAUGGUCAAUGUGCAAAGGCUCCAUGGUAAAAAAUUGAAAUUUGAAAAAAAAAAUAUUCAGAAAAAAAAUUUCAGCCCCCGUCAUGCCAUGUGUGUUCUGGACAUGACCCAGAAUGACACUCUGAAUAGCUGUGCCAGUGUGACGUGUCCAGUUGGAGAGAGCUGUGAGGAGACUACUGUACAAUGCUUUGUGGCGCCAUGCACUCCUUACAUUUCCUGUGUUCCAAAAUCUAGUGGUUGUGGUACAGUAACCUGUCCAGAUGGGGAGAAAUGUGUAGAACGAAACCUAGAUUGCUUGAUAGCUCCGUGCCCAAAAGCCGUCUCAUGCGUCCCAAUGAAUGCUAAUCAAAACUCAACAGCUCGUCAGGGAUGUGACGUCAUCAGAUGUAGAUCAAAUGAGAUUUGUGAGGAAACUGAAGUUCAGUGUUUGAUGGCACCAUGCCCAAUUCAAGUAGCAUGUGUCAGUAUUAUUCAUACCAAUGGAACAACAAAUUCCACGUCACCAGGGAAUUCACCAAGUGUGUGUCCAAGGAAUCAAACGAUGAGCGAUUGUUUGAACAAGUGCAGUGAGGAAAAGUGUCCAGGAAUUGGAAUUAGCAUGAUGUGUACCAAACACUGUGGCCAAGGAUGCGCAUGCGCUGCCGGAUUCGUUAGAUCCAGCGACGGAGAAUGCUACAAGUCGAAGGACUGUCCACUGGAGCAAGUUUGCGGAGACAAUGAAGAGUACCGAUGUGAGAAGUGUGCUGGAACUUGCAAAAACCCCGAACCAAACUGUCCGGGACCCCACAAUAAGAAGUGCAACAAGAAGUGCAUUUGUGCAGCCGGAUUUGUGAAGAAGAAUGGGAAGUGUGUGACACUGGCCAGUUGUCCGGAUCAUGAUCAUAAUGAAAUCACUUGCUUGGGAACUGAGGAGUACACCGACUGCCUUCCAAAAUGCCGUCAACUUUGUUCAGGUGUUACCGAAUGCGAUAAGAACAUGCACACGGAAAUGUGCACGCCUGGAUGUGUCUGUAGACCAAGUUACAAAUUGGACAGCAACGGAACAUGCGUUCACAAUAGACAUUGUUUUAAGACCACUGACUGUCCUGUGAACGAGGAAUGGUCCAAAUGUAUUUCGGAUGACAAUAUCUGCGGAAUGGCGACGAUUCAGAAGGUUCCACUACGCGAUCAAUGCUUCUCGGGAUGCAUUUGUGCAGCUGGAUUCGCCAGAAAUAGUAAUGGAACUUGUGUGGAGCACGACAAAUGUUGA